CUCCCAUCCUCUUCCAUUACCCCUCCUCCUCCUGCUCUUCCUCCUCCUCCCCCUCUCUCAGUCUGUCUCAGCUGUCCUUGGUGCUGUUCUUUCAGAUGGAGGCUGCAGUAUUCUGCUGAGUAGCGGUGAGCCAGCAUUUGCGCUCUGGGCCUCCAUCCUCCAGUGCUCAGCCGGCAGAGAGGCGAACCUGCGAGUCUUGGAAAGGGAAACUACAGAGCCCACAAUCCUCCAGCCGCAGCCCAGACUGUCGCCUGGCCUGGAGCGGAGCCCCGUGGAACCCUGGGAGCCGCAGUCCCCACUAACCGGCUGGUGGCGAGGCAGAGGGUGACGUACCAUGACAGCCGACAGAGAGAGAGGGACAGGAAGAACACUAACCAGCCGACAGCACAAAGCCACCGACACCCGGGCCACACCGUGCAGCCAACCACAGCUAAACUUAGGUGACAGUUGUAACUGCUGAGUCAUGUCUGCCAGCCUGGAUGAUACAGACAACGUGUUUGACCUGAACGAGGCAAUCCCUGAGACUGAGCUGCUGGACAACAGCAUCCAGAAGGGCCGUGCCCAGCUGUCCGUCAAAGCUCGCAGGCACCGCCCCUCCAGGUCCCGUUACCGCGACAGCGUGAGCUCGACGGAGGGAGACGACAGCCUGGAGAGGAGGGACAGCCCGUUACACCCCACUCGCUCACCUCUCCACCUGGCCAUGCGAGGCGCCUCCCCCUCUCCUGAUGCGCUGUUGUCAGCUCGAAGCCCCGCCUUCUCCUUCGACACAUCACUGGUACGUCGCUCUCCGGAGGAUGAAGAAACAUCACUGGCUACUCCCCCGAGGGGGCGGUACCACCAGCUGACCAAUGCCACAUCUCAGGAGGCACUGGUGACCCCCAGCAGCUCGCCCUCCAGGUCCUGCCCCUCCUCUGACUGCUCACGAGUCUACAUGAGGAAGAGCAGAAGGCCCGACAGUGAAGUGUUGGUUUCUGAUUCGAGUCAGGACACGAGUCCGGCUGACCCUGGAAGUCCAACCGUCAUCUUUGACAAGAAAACCAAGAGACGCUUUCUGGAUCUCGGGGUGACUCUCAGACGCUCCUACAUCAGGGUGAGGAAAGACAAAUCCAACAGGCUCUCUGUGGGCAGCAGAGAGCCGUCCGAGAGUCCGUCUCGGUCCUCAGGAUCCUUCGUUUCCUUUUCCUGGUUCACUGAAGGACGGGGGUCGCUCUCCUCCUCCGGGACUCCCCCCUGCUCCCCCAAAAUCACUCCGCUGAGUUCGCCGAGACCCCGCAAGUCUCAGUCCCAGGAGUCGGCUCUCAGCGAGGAGUUUUCUCCUCCUCACACCUCCUCCUCCUCCACCUUUCCUCCUGUCGACUCCUCCUCCAGAUCCUCCCAUCCAUAUCACACCCUGUCCCAGUCCUCCGACGAGACCUUUGACGACCCGUCCUGUCCCGUGUCUUCGUGGACAACUCAGCAGGUCUGUCAGUGGCUGAGAGGCCUCAACAUGGAGCAGUACGUCCCAGAAUUCAGUGCGAGAGACGUCGAUGGACAGGAGCUGCUGCGGCUGGACGGCAACAAGCUGAAGGGUCUGGGCGUGCUCAGUUCGUCUGAUCGCAGCACUCUGAAGCGUCGCAUCAAAGAAAUCCAAAGUGCAGCAGAGAAGGAGAGAAAAGCUCUGGACAAGAUGGAGAAACAGAAAGAAAAACAACGAAGAAAAGACCAAGAGCAACGCAGAAACUGAACGCCACCACCAGGGGGAGACAGAGAGGGGAAGGAGAGAAAACAAUGAAGGGCAGGAAAGGAAAAAGAAUUAUGAGGACAGGAGGGAGGAUGGAAGACAACGAGAUCGCCCUGAACAAAUUUCAGGCUCUGUUUCUUAUGGUGGCCCUGAAGGACAAAUCCAACAGGUUUUAGCUUUGUUUUGAUGAAAAAUGUUUAAGAAAAUGAGCCAAAAUCAGAAAAUAAUAAAACUAAGUGACAAAAUGAAAGACGGAAACAUUAAUAUAUUUGCUUUUGUCCUUGUAUGUGUUUUGUCCUUUUUUUUUUGUCCUGGGCCACCAUGAGAGUUUAUGUGGAGGUGCGUUCAAAAAUAACGAGAAAGAUCAUUUCAGAAAUGUAAUCUAUAUCUACGGUCUAAAAAUCAAAUCAAAACAUUUGGGUCAAAAAUUUAGUCAGGUGAGAAAAUCUAAUGACAUUUUACUGGUUAAAUUCAGACACCAGCAUGUAAACUCCAGCACCUGAACACAUCAUCUCAUUGAUCUCUGUGACCCCGCCUCCUCCAAAGGACACGCCCACCUGACCACACCCCACG